AUGGCUCACUCCUCUCACUCCUCUGACUGGAGGGGGAUGACAAAUGGAGGGGGGCACCCCCACUUCAACCAUGGAGGUCAAGCCGGGUGUUCCCAAAGCACCACGCGGUACAUGCUGAAGAAGCAGCACCGCCACAGACGCAGGUCCUCCUCACCGAUGGGCAGGGUCAUCCUCAUCAACGCACCUGUUGAUGGUGGGGAUGACAGUGAAGACAUUCACACGGUGACAGUGGAUAAAAGUCCAGAUGGGCGUCUGGGCUUCAGUGUCCGCGGGGGCUCUGAACAUGGACUUGGUAUAUUCGUCAGCAAGGUGGAGGACGACAGCUCUGCAGCGCAGGCUGGGCUGACUGUGGGCGAUAAGCUGAUGGAGGUGAACGGUGUCAGCCUGGAGAGCAUCACCAUGAGCAGCGCCGUGAAGGUCCUGACAGGAAACAACAGGCUACGGAUGGUGGUGAGACGGGUGGGCAAGAUCCCCGGCAUCCGCUACUCUAAGGAGAAGACCACAUGGGUGGAUUUGAUUCACCGGCGGAUGGUGGUGGAGGAGAGCGGUCGUACACCAUCAGAGGCCAGUUCAGACAGCGCUCUCCGCAGAAUCGUACAUCUCUUCACCACAUCAGAUGACUACUGUCUGGGCUUUAACAUCAGAGGAGGCAAAGAGUUCGGACUGGGAAUUUAUGUUUCCAAGUUGGACCCAGGUGGGCUUGCAGAACUACACGGCAUAAAAAUGGGCGACCAAAUCCUGGCAGCCAACGGCGUCAGCUUUGAUGACAUCACCCAUAGCAACGCAGUCGAGGUCCUGAAGAGCCACACACAUGUCAUGUUGACCAUCAGGGAAGCUGGGAGAUACCCUGCAUACAAGGAGAUGGUGGCAGAAUAUGGCUGGCUUGACAAAUUGGCCAACGGAGGCCCUGUACCAUCCUCCCAGGGUUCAGACUCCAACUCCUCUGCCUCCUCCCUGUCCUCCAGCACCCCUCUCAGCUCCCUCAGUGGUCUCUCCCAGGUCCUCUUCCCUCCUAUCUUUGGCUCUGAGAUGGUAGACGUCGCCAUCUCCACAGAGGACCGCUCUCGACGUCCUAGCAGUGCAGAGCGAACUGCAGACACCGCCAUACAGACAGACCCCCACCCACCAAACUUGUUGGACUACCACUUAACUAAUGGGUCAUACCCUAGGCUGGUCGCCACAGAAACCAGUCGGACUGUAGGUGCCACAGUGCUGCUGAAGGACACAGUCAUACGUGGGAAAGGGGAAGGACCGAGGGAGAUGGGAGGAGCUGGGGAUGGAGGGAGAAGACAUGCGAGGAUGCCGUCAUCUGGGGACCAGGAAAUAGUGAAACACUCACCUAAGACAGCGGCACUGAUGGCCCUGAGUAAACCUCGGAAGCCAAUCAGACGUUCACAGAGCCACAUCACUGAGUCAGAAGACAGACAAAAGAAGAAGAGGCAACAGAAGGAGAGGAACUCUGGAGAGGGUAAAACCAGCCUGCAGCGAUCCAAAACCUUUGUCAACCUGUUCUUUAAGAAAGAUCGUAAAGAGAAGAGCCGCUCCAAGUCACCGUCUCACCAUGCCGACAAAGAUAAGGAGCGGGGCCGUCCCUUUCAGCUCUUGACCUCCCCGAGGGAAACCUGUGCUGGGGUUAAAGACAGCAGCCUGCAGCCCCGACCAGAGACGCUGCAGCACGUGGAGGACAUGGCAAAGAAACUGCUCAGCCAGGAUGAGGUGGCUGCUGUGAUGAGACACUGUCGGCGGUUUUUGAUUGACAAAGUUAUUGAGGAUUUAGUUCGUCCCCUUUUGGCAAUCUUGGACCGGCCAGAGAAACUGCUACUUCUCAGAGAAAUCAGGAUGCUGAUACCUACCACUGAGCUCAGCCAGUUUGACAGCAUGGUCAUGCCCUUUGAGCUGGAGGCAUAUGAUAUUCUCAAAAAUCGCUCCAUUCGUUCUCCAGCUCUGCGCUCUCCUCGCAGAGGAACCCCUCGACGUCACCUCAUCACCCCAAUUCCAGACUACAGGGGUGGGUUCCACCUCCAGCCAGUCCAGGACACGCUGCGGGAGCGUCAACUGAUUGAGGAGUUGGACAGAUUGCGUUUGUCCAGCCAACAGUCAGGCCAUCUGCCUCCGUCCCGUGCCUUCACCCCUCUGCUGGAUGUACCUGUGGACAGCUACAUGUCAUCCACUGUGCGCUCCCGCUCCCUGAGCCCCUCACCCACCAACAGCUUCCUCCUUACAGAAUCACUACACAGCACCCAACGUGGGCGCCAACCCCAUCGCUCCCCAAAUAGAAGAGAGAACGGGGUAUCUCGGUAUGAUGAGGUCUCCUUGUUGUCAGUGUCUGACCGAGGAGAUGUGGCUCCUGAACGAGGGAGGUCGCCUGUGAGGAAUGGCCAUGGGAGAGUGAAGAGGGAUGCAAGUCCUGACAGUAUAGAUGGCAGACGGAUAAGGCAGGAGGGCUACACAGAGGUCAGUGUACGUGUUCCCUCACAGCGGCGAGGGAGAACCCCUUUGGCUGAUGUGUUUGAGCCCCAGAGAGACAAGAGUCCGUCCAGAGGCAGAGAGAGCAGCCAGCAGAUAAAUGGACUUUCACAAAAUGGUCACGGUGUGAGAAGAAGAGCAACACUGCCACCUGAGGAGUAUGAAAUCAAUACUUUGACUAUCUCUAAGGCCAAGCAGUCACUGGGUAUUAGCAUCUCUGGAGGUAUGGAGUCUAGAGUCCAGCCCAUGAUAAAGAUUGAGAAAAUCUUCCCAGGUGGAGCUGCAUCUACAAAUGAGGCUCUCAAGGCAGGGUAUGAGCUGUUGUCUGUGGAUGGCGAGAGUCUGCAGGGAGUGACUCAUCAGCACGCAGUGGACAUUAUUCGCAGAGUGUUCAGCAACAAGGCCAAAGACCCCAUGAUUUUUGUGGUCAAGGUCCCAAAGGUCCUUACCACCUCCACAAGCCCCAAGAGACCUGCAGACUAA